GUUAAUAUCUUAUUGGAUAUAAAAUGAGACAACACCUUCACUACCUACCCACUUUCACACUCUCACUAGUCACUAUUCGAUAUCUAUAUAUCUAUAUUGAAAAUUGAAACACGUUCUUCAUUGAUCUUUAUUAAUUACACUCACCCACUUGUAUUUUCAACCUUAUAACAUCCAUUCAUCAGAACACACAUGCUUCAUGCUUCAACUUCUCAUUUCUCAUUCAUUCCAAAUCCAACAACAUGACACUUACUCAAACCUUUACAAUUUUCUUUCUCUUCUUUGCUCUAUACUGCGGUUUAGACCCAUUUAACCACAGUCCCAUAUCAAAUUUCCCUAAUUUUGAUGCCAAAAAGGUUGACAUGCCACCAUGGUCUGAGGUUCCUAAUGACAGAGAUGGACACAAUUUGUUGCAAAAUUCAGAGAUUAAAUUCUUGAACCAAGUACAAGGACCUGAGAGUAUUGUCUUUGACCCUCUUGGUCGUGGACCUUAUACUGGUCUUGCUGAUGGUAGAAUUGUCUUCUGGAAUGGACAUUCUUGGCUUGAUUUUGCUUAUACCUCACCAAACAGGUCAUUAUGUAAUCCUCUUCCUAUACAAGAUGCAACACCAUUUAGUUAUGUGAAGACUGAACAUAUCUGUGGAAGGCCUUUGGGACUAAGAUUUCACAAGAAAACAGGUGAAUUGUACAUUGCAGAUGCGUAUCUUGGACUCAUGAAGGUAGGACCCGAGGGUGGUUUAGCAACGACUCUUGCAACUGAAGUUGAAGGGGUGACUUUAAGGUUUCCUAAUGAUGUUGAUGUUGAUUCAGAAGGAAAUGUUUAUUUUACAGAAAGCAGCGCUAUUUAUCAGAGGAGGAAUUUCAUUCAGCUGGUAUUUUCCGGGGAUGAUAGUGGCAAAGUUUUGAAAUACAACCCUACAACAAAGGAAACCACUGUUCUUGUCAGGAACAUUCAAUUCCCAAAUGGCAUUUCCUUAAGCAAAGAUGGUUCCUUCUUUGUUUUUUGUGAAGGAUCUAUCGGAAGGUUACGUAAAUACUGGCUAAAAGGAGAAAAAGCCGGAACUUCAGAGAUCUUAGCAAUCCUACCUGGAGCUCCUGACAAUAUUAGGGUAAAUGAAGAUGGUGAUUUUUGGGUGGCACUUCACUGUAGAAGAUCUAUGUAUGCAUACUUUACUGGUUUAUAUCCAUGGAUAAGGAAAGCUAUACUAAAGUUUCCUAUACCAACAAAAUAUCAAUAUUUGUUUCAAAUUGGAGGGAAGCAACAUGGAGUGAUUGUGAAGUAUAGUCCUGAAGGUAAAUUGUUGCAGAUAUUGGAAGAUAGUGAGGGAAAAGUUGUUAGAGCAGUGAGUGAAGUUGAGGAGAAAGAUGGUCAACUUUGGAUAGGAAGUGUUCUUAUGCCUUUUAUUGCAAUUUAUAAACUUUAACUUAUUUUCUACCUUCAAUCCUUAGAUCUAUUGAUGACAUUCACAAAGUUUAAUUUUGAUUUAAAGUUGUCAAUAAUGUACUUAAUUAAGUUCUAAGUGGAAGGAAAUAGAAAUCCCGCGAUGAGCUUUGCUUCCA